AUGCGCAAACGGUUUGGCAGCGCGUUGUUGUGGUACUCCGUGCUGUACGCGCAGGUCCAGAAGAAGCUACAGCAGGUACUCGACAUUGCUCGUGUCAAGGCUUGUGAGGCUCAGCAAACCGCGGGCCUGACAAGCGACGGGUGCCGCAGUGCGUCCUCGACAGCGCCUCCAGCAACUCAUGCCACCCUUGCCGCAGCCAGCGACCAAAUGUCCGACGGGACCCCAUCCACGCGAGCCGGCGUAUCGCAGACUGGUGAUAACCCAGCUGGACCCAGGCCUUCUCCGCAUCUACAAGCUUGCUGCCCUCUCUGCUUUGGGUCCGCGCGACGCCUCAGUGAAACAAGCCCGACAUCCCCCGACUGCUUGGUAUCCAUCGACGUGUGCUUCUCUCAAAAACACAACAAGCAGCGUCGAGACCCCGUCUUCCUUCACCCAAACGACUUCAUGCUCGAUGAGGGGACGCUGACUAGCACAGCGGAGUGGGUGGAGGACUUACGCGGUAACGCGACUCCCUUGACGAACACAAAACGGCGACGACGCGCGCAGGCGGAUGAUGCCUCGUCCACAGACGACACGCCAACCCUGCCUGCCGAGUCUCUACAGCACUGCAAAGACAGCUUCAAGGCCGCCCAUGUACGGCGGCAUGAUGUGACAGCGGCGAUGGCGCUGUUGUGCAGGCAUGACGUGCCCCUCUUUUGGGCAAACAUGACGAGCGCAGGCGAGAAGCAGUACUACGUCGUGGCGCUCAUGGACGCCCUCAUGGAGCAUUUGCCUUCGGAUUGGACGAUCGGCUUUCUCUACGACAUAGCCUGUCAGACGGAAGCUAGCGCAAUAAAGUGGGGGAUCUUUAAUGGAUACCUUCACCGCAUCCAGUUUGCCGUCGCCGUCUUUCACGCCUACGGUCAUGACUGGCUUUGUCAGAGCCUGUAUCAUCCCCGCAAGCGAAUCGGAUUUGGUCUCACCAAUGGCAAAGGAUGCGAACGGUUCUGGUCGGCAAUUAGCAAGUUGAUUUCUUAUCUGCGCGUCGCAGGGUUUCAUCUGCGCCUCUUCACGCUCAAUGCCCAGAUGCUGCAGCUGGCGCAGACCUCGCUGCAAGACGCCGGUGCAUGGCUCACUCGCAAGCGGGCAUUGGUUCAGACCAAGCGCGAGGAAGCGAAGCGCCUGCUUGCCGAGUGCGGGCCAUUGGCGGAUGAUUUCUCCAUUCUCAUUGCUCAGACUAAACAGACAAAGGGUUCCUCGCAGGCUACAGCACAAAAGGAACUCGACGCUGUAUUAACCCUCGAGCAAGAAGUCAAGAAAGCAGAGCAGGCCGUCAAAGCCGCAGAGACUGGCAUCGCCGGGAAGGGCAAGAAGGCCGCUCCGCCUCGCUCGAAUGCGACUCGCGACGCAGAUGUCGAAGCCGCGGAAGCUGUCCUGCGCGUCGCGCAAGGGAAGUACAACCGCAAGGUUCAACAGCUGGGGGUAGAGGUCCAGGGCCGCUUAAGUCGCCUGAAAAAGAACAAGCUGCUUCACAGCCGCGCCAACGGCGUGGUUCUCCUGCGGAAGGUGCGCGACGCGGUCAUGUCGCGUCAGUUGGAGAUGGAAAGGGUGAAUCGCUUUCAAAAUAACAAGAAUGGAGACAGUGUUCUGCGACGCCAUGUGAGAACGGCUGUUGACCGUCGUGCGGGCACGUUGAAGGGCAUAGUCAAUCGGUACAACAAGGCCUGCCGGGAUCUCAACGCACGCAUAGAUGCUCAAGCCGCACGAAGCGGCCGAUGCUCUGUCCGGCCCCUCAAGGAACUGCCUGCGAAGGGGCUCUGGGAUCUCGACAUCGACAACGCAUGUUGGGAUGAGCUGAGUGCGGUGGCGGCACCACCUCCCAACUCUACCUGGUCCGACGGCAAACGAGAUGGACCUCGCCAUACGCGAGUGGGCAAUGGCUUCGUGCGACAUUGCCCAGCCGCAGGGAGUCGCGGAAACGCAGUGCGCGUGCGCUGCCUGUUUCCCGCCUUCAUGUCCAACGAGCUUGGGAGAGCAAUAGGCGCGAGAGUAACACGACGUGGGACGGUCUUCAGCGAUUUUGUCCCACUUCCAGAUGAUGUCGACCUGGAUGAACUCCUGAACGACGCAGCUGGACGCGACGACGAAGACGAUGUCGACCUGUUGCAGUCCGACUGCGAGGACGACUAUAGUGGGUGGGAUGAGGAUUCUCCCGCUGAGGAUGGACGCUCCUCCCCUCUUACCCCCAUCUCCGAUCUGGACGACGAACGCGACUACGAGAUCGGCGAAGGCAACGAUGACCCAACGCUGCCCCCGCCCCGCGCUCCCUUGCCAUGUGUGGUCACGGGGAAAAACUCCGCGCAGCAUAAAAGCAAGCGCCAGCGCAAGCAGAAGCGGCAGGCGGAAGGCGCUGCGGAUGGCGCCAACAAGCGCCGGCGGGAGGAAAAGGUUCGCGAGGCCGAGGAAUACAGGGCUUCAUGGGAUUUGGACGAGGCGCCGUCGACGAGCACUGCGUACACUGCGCUUCGAGACGCUGGUCGAUCUGGCAUUCCUGCGAUGUCAACGCUCCAAGGGUAUAGUUACCUUGCAUGGGACGGCAUCGCGGGCUGGCUAUGGCUAUGGAGCAAUCGGCGACGACUGCCUUAUCGUUCUCUACUGCCGAACGCGAUCACCGCCGCGGCAAGUUCGCGCUCAAAUCUCAUGGCAUCUCGCACGGGGGCGGUCAGAAGUCGCCGCGACCCCUUCGCCACCGCCCCGAGAACCGGCAAGAGCUGGACCGAUUGCUUGGCUUGCCGCUGUGUCUUCCAGUACUACGCAGAUACCAUGGCCAAGCUCUUCAAGUGGAAACCCGCUCUUCGCAACUACAAGAACUUUGCCAACAUCACAGCCCUCGGCCAAUUCAACGCCGACCAAGGUGGUCACCUUGUUAUCAUACCUCUCCGCCUCGUCAUCCGCUUCCCUCCCGGCUCGUCCAUUCUUAUCCCUUCCGCCAUCCUUGAACAUUUCAACCUUCCAAUCGGCAACAACGAGCACCGCCAGACAGUCACUCAGUAUACCGCGGGCGCAAUCUUUCGCUUCGUCGACAAUGGGUGCCAGAACAACGACGCGUACUACGCGUCCUUGGACAGGGAAGCGUCAGCUGUGGCCGUGGAAGCGUUGGUAGAGGCGGUGAAGGCGAAUCGCGCCCGGGCAAAGGAGGGCAUGCUCAGGAUGUCUACGUUGACAGACCUGCGAGCACAGUAUGCAAGGGAGGCGCAGGGGAUAUCGCCGACGAACUACCCGUUCCCUCGCUGCUCGCGCCUGCAGGAAACGUUCAACAUGCUCGCAGAACACGGCGUCGACGAGCUGGAGCAGGUGGCGUAUGACCUGUCGUCUGUAACCACUGUUCGAGGCCCGAGCGAGAUAGAUCAAGCGUUCUUCGAGCACCUAGAGAUGACCACGGUACGCUUGAUGCACGAGCGCGACGGUCCAAACCCCUUGAACGAGGUGUGGACGUCAAUCGGGCACGAGCGCGAGUUUCUCAGCGCCGUGUGGAUGCUACAGGCCAAUGUUCAUCGCGUCAGGGAGGUCUGCGCCGGGGUUUUCGCUUUGCAAUAUUCCUGCAUCCCGUCGGAGAGCACUGGGUCGUUCUACGCAUGGCCGAUAGAGAACGUAGUGAUCGAGGUGGACAUAAUGGGGAUCCCACAGCCGUCCAUUCGCCGGCAAGUAAGCUUCACCUACAAUGGCGAGGCGGCGCUCUGCGGCGUCGUCAUGGCGCACUGCAUCAAUUAUCUGAGGAGCGUCGGCAUCGACAUAGCGAGGGCUGCGCUGUUCUACAGACAGAUUAACGGCGCAUACCAGCGCGUGAGCUGGUGGGACAUUCUACCGAUCAGCCACGACAAGGUCCGCGUAGUUGUUUGUGGCGACAAGAAGUUCCUCCCGUCGCCUAGACCUGGGGAAGACUUUGCCGUUACAGACUAUGACAUCGCCGACUUUGCGCUCGUCCCAACCAACAAGAAAAUCAAGGUCUACUUGCAUUUCUGGCGCAAUAUGAAUCACGCCAGCAAGGAGCAGGUGCGAACGUUGUCCGAGGUCGUAUUAAUGGCAGUCAGCAUGGCUAUAGGCCUAGUUUCCCUGUUGGCUGGCGGAUGGGUGACGUUGGAGCACUACAAGGCCAAACUUGUUCAGAAGGCCAGCAUCGAGUGGGAGCUGGACUCUGCGGUGCUCCUGCGCGAGUAUCCCGACAACUAUCGAAUGGGCACGGCACCGACUGCCCUUCAGGUGCACUGGACGGUCCCCAUACCCGUUGGGCCGUACGAGGAGAGUCUGACGAUUUACGCCGCGUGUCCCACCUGCGCGCAGAUCGCCGGCGGUCGCUGCAUGCGCUACGGCGAGCAUUUGUCGACACGUUCGGAGCCGGAGGACGACGCGACACUUCGAGACGAGCAAGAGGCCGUCGAAGAGCGAGAGGCUCAAGUCAACGCGCAGAGGGAGAAGCUCAGGUCCCGGACCAAGCCUGCGCCGCCACCGCGGAAGGAAGAGAAGUCAGUCAAGGACGCGCCUGGCAAGAAGGCUGCUCCUCGCGGGCCUGGAAAGGGCGCCCCGAAGGCCACUGGCGACAAGGCGCGGACGCGCGCAGCGGGCAAGAAGAAUUGGGGCCCAGCAUCCUCCCAACGCCAACCCAAGGAGCGCGAACUGCAGUCCUCCACACCUCGCCCUCUGAAGAGUGUCACUCGCCGCCGACCUUCCCUUAUAGUCUCCGACGACGAGCCAGAUAUGGACCAUGAGCAAGGCGUGGAGGAAUCUACAGCGCGGCAUGUCCAGAAGUGUAGCGAGGGCCGUUCGCAGUCUUCCAUUAGUCGCGAAGGUAGUGAUAACCCUGGGGGUCCUGCAUAUGCUCGCCGAACCCCCAGGGCUUCACAAGUACCAGGGCGCAUGGUAUUGGACUACGUCGAGAUCCCGCCGCUCAACCAAACUCGCCAUGUGUCUAUGCAAGCCCCACCUGCUCCUACGGAAGGCCAGCCACCGCAUACCUCAAUGACCACUCCCAUCGGCCCAGACGCCUCUGGGGCGAAGCGUAAGCGCGCGCCAUCGGCAGAGCCUGUUCAUGAGCAAAUGGACACGUCCGCUACCCCAUCCGUCUCGCCUCGACCGACCCGCAAGAAAGCAAAGAUGGAGACCAAGGACAAGAGACGCAAGGGCAAGGGCAAGGGCGCACAGACGAAAACGAAAGUCGAUGGCAACGGCCGCGCGAUUGCCAUAGGUGGGAAAGCUCAAGGCAGGCAACCCAACGAUGACGCAGCUCAAGCGCGAAUUGAGUUUGGUGAUGCCUGGCUGGCGUUCAUGACGAACGAGCGCCCCGAUCCCCCCACGGCAUCCCCAGAAGCCGCUGCCGCCAUGAUGCGAGACAAGAAGAAGCGACGAGCCACAAAGUUUGCGAGCGCGUCCCCACCUCAAACUCCACAUAGUCCGACUCCCGCGAACCGCUUCGACUUCAGCCCUUCAACCCCGGAGCCGUCACCGUGUCCUCCCCCACGCCGAAUGUCGGGUGAAGGCGCCUUAUUGACUGAUCUGCAUUCCCUCGCUGCGACUUCGCGGACACGUCCAGAUGACGCUGUACCAACGGGCAGUCGAACGUCGAUGUUGCAGCGCAAGGGCACGACCGCAAAACCCGCGUCAAGACAGAAUGCGCCAAAGCCUGCCAAAACUCCUGCAAUGCCUGCAGAGGCGACGGUGACGAGCUCCAAGCGCAAGGGCAAGGGCACGACCGCAAAACCCGCGUCGAGACAGAAUGUACCUGACGCCGCGUCCUUGUUCGACCACUGCGAAGAGGAGACGCCGCGAGCUGGUCCGUCCGGAACGUCCGCAAAAUCUACAGGAAUCGGUCGCACGGACGGAACCGAUCGCGCAGACGAUUCGUCAGUGGACGAAGGCGACACAUCCCGCAGUGCAUCGUCCGAAGUGAAGGAUAAGAAAAAGACCGGCACCGUAUCUGACGACAUACGCCAAGUCGCGGAGCAGCUAGGGAUGGAGUACUUGCAGAGGAUACUGGAGCUCUCACGCGAGGCAGGGAAAGAUCCCGAGGAGUUCUUCAAGCUCGUUGGUUGGAUGCACAGUGAUUAUUGCGCGCCGCGCGACGAGAACAUGGCAAACAUGUUCGUGAAGGCUUACUCCGCUACAUAUGAAGGUGAAGACCGCACGGAUCUUCGGGCGAAGGGAACGGCAGCGUACCACAGCGAAAUCAAAAAGUUGACGGACAAGCUUGGACGGCCUCCUACCCAGUUUGAGAAGGCCGAGCACUUGCAGGCCGAGCUGCGUCUGGCAGCGGACAUUGCAGCAAAAAAGCGCACGUCUGGCACGAAGGGCAAGCGCCUGCGCACAAUGAAGGGCAUCGUGGAGAAGUUCACGCAGCAGGCUACGUUGCACUUAUUCCACGACGGCAUGACAGCCUUCGGUUGGGUGGUUGACACUCAUGCACUUCAGGAACACGCUGCUGGCGCGAUGAUGUUCGGUGCAGGAGAAGCAUUCGAGGCCCUGACGCGAGAAUAUGACGGCAACUUCCAUGAGAUGCUGGACAAGAUGACGCGGAUCUUGAGGAGCUGUCAGUUUCAAGUCCGUUCGAAGUGGAUAGACAGCGGGUCGGCCGCGAUGUUGAUGGACGAGAGUGAAGAUGCAGUCGUCUAUAAGCGACGUGAUUGGCGCCCAGGCACUCAGGAGAACAACUGUGACGGCUACUGGCGUAUCGUCAAGGAAUGCCUCCGUGAGGACCUUGCGCGGGGGUCAGUCUUGAUUGGCGUUUCUGUUAACAAGAAGGGCCAUCCGGGCGACCUACCAAAGCAACUUCCGUAUCGUAAGCUCGCCGACAUUCUCUACAGAUGGGAGCUCGAGCUUCGCGGAUGGCCUGAGGUCUUCAAGCGUUACGCCCCGGUCAUGUUGUCGAACGCGCCGAAGGAGGAUACUCCGCCUCAGAAGCCGCUCGGCAAGGAUUGGACGAGCACCGCAAGAGAUAUGUGGUUGUCGCGCAAGACAGCAGAGACCCGUAUACUCAACAAUGGCCUGACUGGCGAAGAAGCUCAGCAGGUGCUGCGGGAGUGCAACGCGCCCGCCAUCCUUCCAAUCCCCCGAGGAGUUCUUGAGGGAAAGGCGCUUGCGGACCUGGGCGCGACCCCAAUGGUGAUCUCCAGGGAAAACCACAGCGCCCUUUUCACUUGGGAAGAGCGCUCGGUUUGCUAUCUUAAGGAUGUGCAGGAGGAGACAGAUACGCGCGUGCAGUGGCAAGCUUGGAGGAAGAAAGGGAAAGGUCGGGCUGGUGAAUCCAGAUUGCAGAAGUUGGCGAGACGCAAUGGCGAGCCUGCAAGCCUGCCUAAGCCUCGGCGACGCGAGGCACCCAAGUCAAAGGCUAGACUUGAUGAGGACAGCGAUGUCGAUAUGGACGCUGAUACCAAAGCUCCUGUUGUCGCUAAUGCCAACAUGGGGAGGGACAAGGAGAAGGACAGCGAGGAUGAUGAUGACGAGGAGGAGGACAAGGAGGAGGACGAGGAGGAGGACGAGGAGACGGAUGAGGAGAAGGACAAGGAGAAGGACAAGGAGAAGGACAAGGAGAAGGACGAGGAGACGGAUGAGGAGACGGACGAGGAGACGGACGAUGAUGAGGAGUAG